UUAUCGUCCUCAUGGCAACGCAUCAAAUCCAACAUUAGCGCCGUCUCCUUCAUAUGACUAUGCUAUGGCUGCUCCCAGAGGAAGAUCACCAGGCCGACGAAAAGAAAAGAGACGAAGAUCAAGAGAUGAGAGCCGGGAAAGGAUUGUAUGGGAACAAUAUACUGUGGUGCUAGAUAGGAAACCUGCAUUUGGUUUUGGUAUUGCUGUAAGUGGAGGAAUUGACAAUCCACACUUUACAAGUGGAGAGACAUCUAUAGUUAUAUCAGAUGUCCUAUCAGGUGGUCCAGCUGAAGCAAAACUCAAAGUGAAUGAUCGUGUUAUUAUGGUGAACAACCGCUCCAUGGAAAAUGUAGAGCAUUGCGAUGCUGUCAGUGCACUUAAAAACAGCGGUGACACUGCCACAUUGGUGGUGAAAAGAAAGAUGCUGAUGCCAAUCCCUGGAACUCCGGAGCCGGAAAGACCUCCUGAACCACAAACAGUAACGUUAACAAAAAACAAAAAAGAAGAGUAUGGAAUCAAACUUGGAAUCCGAAUUUAUGUCAAAGAAAUCACUGGCAUAGCGGCUAAAGAUGGCACACUCGCAGAAGGAGAUGUUGUAGUCAAGAUCAAUAACAGUACAGCAGAGAAUCUCUCACUUGCUGAUGCUAAAAAGCUUCUAGAUAAAUCAAAAGAUAAAUUAUCAAUGGUCAUACUUAAAGAUAGAAAAGAUGAAGAAAGACGACCACCUGAUGAGGAUGCUGUUGUCAGUAGCAACAAAGCAAAUGAACUUCGGGCAAAUGCUGUACUUUAUGAUGGAGUCUUUGAGAAAAGCGUUGACAGUGUACCUUUUGAUCAAGACCUUAAUAGGUCAAGGUCACCUGAAAGAGUCCCAGGUAGAAAACGAAGUCACAUGUCAGAAGAUGAUAGCGCCCCACCUAGACCACCACCACCUGCACUUGAAGACCUUCAAGGCAGGUCGCCCAGACCACCGACACCUGGACGAGAAGACUACAGAUACUAUCCCAGUGAGAUGCACGUACCUCCAAGACAUAAACGACGACUUAAAGAAGGUGAAGAAAGAUAUGUAGUCUUCCGGAAAACUAGCAAUCUUGGUAUUCGUCUUGCCGGCGGUAACGAAGUAGGAAUAUUUAUUGCCGAUGUACAGGAAAGUAGUCCGGCAGCUAUUGAGGGAUUAUUUAUUGGUGAUUUGAUUAUGCAGGUAAAUGAUAUAGACAUGCAUAAUGUCACAAGGGAAGAAGCUGUUUUGUUAUUAUUAAGUCUACAAGAUGAAAUAAGAAUGAUUGUACAGUACAGGAAAGGAGCAUUUGACAAGGUCGUAGAACACGGUGGAGGCGACAACAUCCACAUCAGAGCUCAUUUCAACUACGAUAAAACAACCAAAGAAGAAUUAAGUUUUAAGAAGGGUGACAUAAUGAGAGUACGAGACACGUUAUAUAAUGGUGUGGUCGGGUCAUGGCAAGCGGUAAAACUCAACAGAAACAAUAUGGAAGUAGAGAAAGGUGUUAUUCCAAACAAGAACAGAGCUGAACAGUUGGCGUUAGCACAGAACACAGGUCACAGUAACAUGCCAAAACUACCACAGACAGAAGGUAGAGCUGGAUUCUUUAAAAGACGAAGUGGUAGACGAUCCAAAUCUCUCACUAGGGAACAUUGGGAUGAAGUAGUCUUUGGAGGAAAACCACCAAAGUAUCCAGCAUAUGAACGUGUUGUUCUAAGAGAUCCUGGGUUCUUCCGUCCAAUCGUCUUCUUCGGACCCAUUUCUGACUUAGCAAGAGAAAAACUUCUUGGUGAUUUUCCAGAACGUUUUGAAAAUCCAUUGAGUGAAAAAACUGAAUCAAAAUCCAAUCAAUCCAUGCGAGUACCCCAAGCAGUUAUUAAACUCUAUGCAAUCAGGGACGUCAUGGAUAAGCAAAAACACUGUGUGUUGGACAUCACACCCAAUGCAGUGGAUAAACUGAACUACGCUCAGCUCUACCCUAUCGCUAUCUUCCUGAGGCCAGAUAGUAGGCAUACUAUACGUGAGAUACGAGGACAGCUUGGAGAGGGCAAGAUAGCACCAAGGAGUUCUCGACGGUUGUACGACCUAGCCAUCAAACUAGAUGAAAUGUAUUCACAUAUCUUCACUGCUACUGUCCAUCUUGCCCAUAACAAUAUGUGGUAUUCCAAGGUCAAGGAUAUUAUACGACAACAACAAAGUACUCCAAUUUGGAUGGCUGAAAUGAAGAUUGAUGAUGCUCUUACUGAAGACCUCAUGUUCCCCAUGACAACACGUCUGUCAUAUGCGUCGUCUCCGGAGAGUGAUCUGUCACUUCACCUCAUAGGUGGCAGCGGUUACGAGAGUGCCCCUUCACCAACGAUGGAUAGACAGAACAUGGUGAGAUCAUCAUCUGAUCCAAACUUACGAGGUCAUGAUGGCUAUCAUAUGCCUCCUGCUUAUUCUUAUCCUAGAAAGUAUCGGGAAUCCAAUCAGCAAUAUAUUCCAAACGACUACCGAGGCGCCCGACAUCCUCCACCAGACGACUACUACCAACAGCGCCCGUCGCGCAGAGAUAAGCGUCCACAUCAACAAAGAACAAAUUAUGAUUAUGCUUAUCAGUCACUUCCUAAAGCUAAAGAAAAAGACUAUGAUUAUCCAAGGUCAACUCUGUACUCGCCGCCUCAACCACCCCCACAACCGCCUGAGCAAGGCCCGGGUGAUUAUGUUGAUAAGACGAGUCGGCGAAGAAUAGAAUCUGAUCAUGUUGAACGACAGAGACCUUUGACUAAUUAUGAACAAGAUAAGUGGUAUAGUAGCUUCCCUAGGAGCAAGUCUCUGGGGAACCAAGAUCGACCGGAUAUGCAGAAUUAUAAACAGAGAUAUCCAAAUCGGCAACAAAGUGCCGAACGUGACCGACGACAUAUGGAUAGGUAUUCGUCAGAUUUAUAUCCAAGACAACAACCUAUGAGGAAUCAAAAAGAUUAUGAGAAUUUUCCACCACAACGGAAACAGCAAACACGGGAAAGAGUUGAACCACCCAGAGAAUAUUAUACACAACGCUCUGAGCCAUAUUUAAAUAAAUACGAUGACAAUAAAACUCAGUAUGGAACGUCAUCACGGCCUGUGCAACAUGAUAAACUUCCUGAUAGGACUAAUAGAAAUGAACACAGGGCUGAACAAAAGAAUGAUCCAUAUAAGUACACUCGUAGCACCGCUAUGUCCUACAAAACUGUUCCAACAGUGGAUCCGUUUGUUAAGAGAUCAAAAGAUCCAGAUCAGUAUCGCCGAAAUCAUGAUAUAUAUUCUAAACCGAAACCUACAUAUACAAAGACAGUGAUGGAUGAUGAAAAAAUGUAUAUGAGGAGGUAUCGUGAGCGAUCACCAUCGCCUCCACCUCCUCCUGUGAAAACGCGAUCUGAGUCGCACAUCUACCGGCCUGUUGAAGCUCCGUACAGCCAAGGUAGAGAUCCAAGAACUAUGUCAGCUUCACCAGAAGUCGUCAUACCUAAAGCUGUGUAUCCCACAAAAUCAUACCCGCUACUUGACCCGGCCCCGCCACCGAGGGCACGAGAUAACAACCCAGAUAGGUAUAAUCGCAAUUUUGAUGACAGAUACCGAGAUGAAAGAGAAAGAUACGUCCCUGAGAGACAUCACCGACAGCAUGAGAGGGAGUACAGCGAAGUUCCAAAUGAGCAGGAUUAUUAUCGUCAACGUGAUUACUACGAUUAUGACAGACAGCGUAGAGAUGAAUAUGGGCAUAAUGAUGACAGUGGCACUGACCAUGAUCGUCGUGGUGACACUGAUAGGCAUCCUGCUUACAUUGUGCCCAUUCCGCGACACGCUAGAGAAUCUGAAGAUGAGAGAGGUACGUCACAUGAUGAGGCAUCUCCCGAAGCCCACAGUCGUGAUCCAAACCAACCACCCCCACUUCCAAGCAGUUCACCGCCACCUCUAGACGAUGAUGACGAUGAGCCGCCACAAAUCAAUGGAAGAGAUUCUAGUCUUGAACGAAACUUGGAGAUUCCAAAAAACUUGGAACGGGAUAGGCAGAGGGAACAUCCGGUCUACAACAACCCUAAAGAAUGGUCUGAUUCCUUGGAUUCCGGAACUGGGACCACCGGAACCUCGGCCUAUCCUUACCACCAGGAAUCCUAUAAAGCUUACAAGGAAAAAUUACGUCAAAAAUACAGUCAUACGUACAGAGCAAGGAAUGAGAUGAACACCACAUCGACAACAACAACGACAACAAAAACCACAAUGAUCGAGAAUACACCAGAACUUAGAAGCGAUGAAUCUGAUAAGGCACCUACAGAUGAUGGGAUUGUAACCAAUGGCGACAAAGAUGAUCAUGAUAAUAUAUUCAUGCCAGUGUUGGUUAGUGAUAAUUCAUUUGAUGCUGAUGAUGGUCACACGGUAGUUGCUACAGCACGUGGUGUCUUUGAUUACAACGGUGGAUGUCUAUCGUCAGUCGAGUCGGGUGUUAGUAUUAUUAUUCCAAAAGGUGCCAUUCCAGAAAAUAUACAACAAGAAAUUUAUUUUAAAGUUUGCAAAGAUAACAAUAUCCUGCCGCCACUAGACACAGAUAAAGGUGAAACUUUAUUGAGUCCUCUGGUGAUGUGUGGACCACAUGGUUUAAAGUUCUUACAUCCGGUAGAAUUGCGGUUACCACAUUGCGCUUCAAUGACGCCUGAUGGCUGGUCAUUUGCUCUGAAAUCAAGCGACACACCUGCAGGACAACCCGCACAAUGGCAGAAUUUGACCUUGGCUGGUUCGGAUGAGUCUCAGUGUCAUGUAGGAACAAACAGUGUCUCAGUACUCGUAGAUCAUUUCUAGUAUGAAUUUCAUCCAUGGUCAGUUGCAGCCAAAUUAUCCGGGAUGAGUUAAUAUUAUGGAAUGAUAUGUGAAAUGUGUCAUUUAGAUCUGGGGUGUAUGUCGGGACAAAAAUAGAUCAAGGCGUCUAUCCAUGCAACAAGUUGUAGCCACAGUUUUGGGGUGGUUUUACACCAAUAUAGAGUUCCCCUAUGUCACUGAAAAUAACCUUGGUUUGAAUUCAAGAGAGCCCUUUAACUUAUAGAACUUCAAUAAUUCAUCGCAAAGUUUUAGGGGAAUCCUUAGUAGAUCCUAUCUUUUCAAUAAUCUGUCUGAACCAGAUGACUCCAUAGCAUUCAGUUCUUUACACUAUUUGUGUGCUGUUUUCUCUGCUUAAAUUGAAGUCUUGCCUGCCAGAUAAGAUUUGUUGAGUGAGUUAGGGUGGCCAAAGUGCCCCCCCCCCCAAUAUAAUGGUAUGCUCUCAUAACUUAGUAAAACAUGGCAAAGAUCUGUGUGGGCAAUAAACUCACUGCCAUCUUUUAUACCAAAUCAUUUUUUUUAAAUGAAAUUUGUACAGAAUUUUUUUUUUUUUAAAUUGACAGUAUUAUACUAUUUUUAUUUUACCUCUGUAGAAUAAUCCUAGUUUAUAGAGCAAUGAAUUAACUCAAUAGCAAUAGAGACUGGUUCAAGUAUCAGCCCCAUCUUUGACGGAUUUUAUUUUAUUGCGUUACUUGCAAUAUACAAGUAAGAGAUACCUGUCUACCACAAAAGAAGGUGUACCACACAAUUAACAGUGUAGUGUACACUUCAAAUUGCUGAAUAAUUUAAACCAUGUGUUUUGUAAAAUACCAAAUAUGGAAUGAUCUUUCAAAAUUAAUGUGGAAUAAAAAUGCUGUGCUAAGGGAAAUGUUUCACACAUGUUACAACUAUGAGAUAUGGCAUUUAUGAGAAGUGUGGUGGUACUGAACGUCUGUGGGGGGGGGGGGGCUGGAUGUCUAGGCGAGGGGCUGAUACUUGAAACCUGGUACUUGUUGAAGAGAUCUAUCAUUUUAUUUUAGAUAGAAAUAAGUAGCAUUUCAGAUGAACUGAAAUAUUGUGCUGAAAAAUUGACUUUUCUGCAUUGUAUAUUCCUGUGUAUAUGGAAAGUUGUCUUUUUUUUCCAAGAUAAUCUGUAGUUUUACCUUUAUUGCAGUCCUGACAUCUGUUUAAAGAUGGUCUGCAGUUGUGGUUGCAGUCCUCACUUAUAACUAGCAUAUAAUUUAUAGACUUAAAUGGUGAUAGUCGUCACGCAGCGCAUGUUCGAAUUUCACACAUUUUACACGUGUUGUAUACGUUGAUAUGAGUCUCAUAUCAAACUGAACGCGGCAUGACGACCACCCUUUAACACUGCAGGUGGAGGUAGCAAUGACAAGAAACCAUGGAUAUCCCAUGGUGAUAUUUUCCUACCCACCUCUUCAGUAACCUUUAGUAACCCCAACCAAUAUUUCUUUUUAUCUUGUAAACUCUCCCCCUUUUAUUGUAUUUCUCCAUAUUUUUCUAUAUUUAAAUAUAUAUUGUAUAGAGUACACCAAUUUAUUUAAUUGGUUAUCAUUCUGGUCAUUAUCUGCUGAUAUUGACCUGACAUGAAAUACACAGGUCAACAUUUGCUCUUGUAUUGACCUCUAAAAAGUCAAUAUUUUAUUACUUCAUAUUUUUCAAUUUUCAUGUGACAAAUAUUUUUAAAUCAGUCUAAUUAAUUAAUUGCAUGUUUUAAUGAAUUCAUCAUCGCUUGCUGAAAGUAAUCAAUUUAGAAUGGUGAAGGUCGUUUUUCUUCCAAGAAAUGAAACUUACCAAAUAUAUGGAAGUGCCUUUGAUGUCUGAAAUGCAGUGUGUUCACAAAUACAGUCUUCUCACUGCCAACAUUUUUACUCUGACUCGGAAUAGUGCAGACAAAUGAAACUUCAAAGACUUUAUUGCCAACAAUCUCCAACAUGUCUCAGGAAAUGAUGAUUGUGACAAAUAUAACACACUAAAAAUUAAUAAAAUACCGGUACAGUUCACCAUCUUGCCUCAUUUUUUACAUGUCGGCGUUUACAGAGUAUUUAUUCCACAAGUGCCUUGUUUGUUAAAACAGAUUUUCAAAAAGAAAAAAAAUAAUCAUUUAAAUGCGGAAAAGUUGUAAUUGCAAUAAAUAGUCAAUAGUUUACAUUGAGGAAUAAUCCUCAUAUUUUAAGGUUUUAUCAGUAUUGGAUAUCAAUCCAUAGAUCCUAGUGAAGAAAGUUGGAAACUGGGGCAAUUCCAUUAAUGUACUUUGGGGUAGAAUUGCUUAUGUUAAUUAAAAUCCUAAUUAGUGUUAAUGAUCUAUAAUUGCAACUGACUUGCUCGUUUAUUAAAAUAUGUCCAUAGGUCAACAAAAAUGGCCUGUGUUUUAAUGUCUGAUAUUUUGAGGUGUCUCGUAUGAAUUGUAACUCUUGCAAACAGCUACACACAGUAUGGAUCAACUAUUCACAUGACAUACAUUAUGAAAAAUGAUAGUUUAAAGUUUUUUAAGAAAGGGGGACACAAAAUGUGCAAUUUUGCCAAUAUUCACAAAUUAUUGACUCUCAUAAAUCCCUAUGCCACUAGAAUUGUUUUUUUUUAAACUGUUACGACUAUAACAACAGGAAUGAAAUGUUGAGACAAUUGACAAUUUAGGAUCAUUGUUGUGCAAACUAUUUCAAAAAUGGUGCCCAAAAAUUGCAUCAGGAACCAAGCCAGUACUGCACAUGGUGUAGACAAUCAAAUUAUAAAUUACAGUUAGUAUAAACCAACUUUGUAUAGUAAACAUUCUGAUUUAUUGCUCUAUUUUCUUACAAUUCUUCUCUAGGAUCUAACCAAAUAAUAAUAUGAAUAGUCAGCCAUUUUGAUAAUCAUCAUGCUGCUAAGGAGUUUGAUUCCUGACCUUUUAGGUCAGUGUAUUUUGUCAGUUGAAUAUCCUCUUUGCAUUGUUUUCCAAUUUAAAUAUCUAUGUAUUUCAUCACGAUAUUGGAGUUCAAUGUUUUUACAACUAGGAUUUUUAAAGUAUUCAAAACUAAACAAUUUUUGCUAAAAUUUUCUUAUUAUAAUUUUGUAUCCCUGUUAAUAUUUGUAGUUAGUUUUUAAUGAUGCAUUAUAUUCUCAAUUUAAUAAAAAUAAAUUACUCGUUCAAA